AGAGCGGAACCAACGUCGCGGUCGUCGUUUGCCGCCGAGCGAGCGCGGGGGUGACACGCGGGAAGCCCGUGCGAGAUGGCGGUCGGCACACGCAACAUCUAGAACUCGCGCCGCGUUCGUCGCCUUGUGUGCUCGCCCAGCUCCCGCUUCGCAGCCGAGCAAUGGACGGGGGCAAACCGAGCCUGGCGCUCGUCUACCAGGCGGUCCAGGCCCUGCACCACGACCCGGACCCGGCCGGGAAGGAACGAGCUUCGUUGUGGCUCGGAGAGCUCCAGAGAUCGAUGUACGCGUGGGAGAUCUCGGACCAGCUGCUGCAGCUCCAGCAGGACGUGGAGUCGUGUUACUUUGCCGCUCAGACCAUGAAGAUGAAGAUCCAGACUUCCUUCUACGAGCUUCCUCCCGAUUCCCACAACGCGCUGCGAGACUCGCUGCUCUCGCAUAUCCAGAACCUCAAAGGCCUGUCGCCCAUCAUCGUCACGCAGCUGGCGCUGGCCAUUGCGGAUCUCGCUCUUCAGAUGGCGUCGUGGAAAGGAUGCGUGCACACGCUCAUCGAAAAGUACAACGGCGACGUGGGCUCCAUGCCCUUCCUCAUCGAGAUCCUGACCGUGCUGCCCGAAGAAGUCCACAGCCGCUCGCUACGCAUCGGAGCCAAUCGCAGGACGGAGAUCAUCGAGGACUUGGCUUAUUACUCAUCCACCGUGGUCACGCUCCUGGCGUCGUGCGUGGAGAAGGCGGGCAGCAGCGAGAAGAUGCUGAUCAAGGUCUUUCGCUGCCUGGGCAGCUGGUUCAACCUGGGGGUGUUGGAUGGCAACUUCAUGGCCAGCAACCAACUGCCGGUGGUCCUCUUCCAAGUUCUGCAGAGGGACGACACCUCCACCAACCUGCACGAGGCGGCUGCCGACUGCGUGUGCUCCGCCCUCUACGCCAUCGAAAACGUGGAGGCCAACGUGACGCUGGCGCUGCAGCUCUUCCGGGGCGUCCUGACGCUGGAGACGGCCUACCACAUGGCGGUGGCCCGCGAGGACCUGGACAAAGUCCUUAACUAUUGCCGAAUCUUCACGGAGCUGUGCGAGACCUUCUUGGAGACCACGGUCAGGAGUCCGGGUCAGGGAAUGGGAGACUUGCGGACGCUGGAGCUGCUGUUGAUCUGCGCCGGACACCCCCAGUACGAGGUGGUGGAAAUCUCCUUCAACUUCUGGUACCGGCUGGGCGAAAACCUCUACAAGAUCAACGACGCGGGCCUCCACGGCGUUUUCCGGCCGUACAUCCAGAGACUCCUGCACUGCCUGGCCCGACAUUGCCAGUUGGAGCCCGACCACGAAGGCGUUCCCGAGGAGACGGACGACUUUGGCGAGUUCCGCAUGAGAGUUUCGGACCUGGUGAAAGACGUCAUCUUCCUCGUGGGCUCGAUGGAGUGUUUCUCUCAGUUGUAUUCCACCCUCAAAGACGGGAACCCUCCCUGGGUGGUGACCGAAGCCGUCCUCUUCAUCAUGGCCGCCAUCGCCAAAAGCGUCGACCCUGAGAACAACCCGACCCUGUUGGAGGUGUUGCAGCAAGUCGUGAUGCUGCCGGACGGCGUCCACACGGCGGUGCGUUACACCAGCAUCGAGCUGGUGGGCGAGAUGAGCGAGGUCGUAGACCGGAACCCCCGAUUCCUCGACCCGGUGUUGAACUACCUGAUGAAAGGCCUGCGCGAGAAACCCCUGGCCUCGGCCGCCGCCAAGGCCAUCCACAACAUCUGCUCCGUAUGCAGGGACCACAUGGCGCAGCACUUCCAGGGACUCCUGGACAUCGCUCGCUCGCUGGACUCCUUCGCGCUGUCCACCGAGGCCGCCGUCGGACUGCUCAAAGGUACGGCUCUGGUCCUCGGUCGCCUGCCUCUCGACAAGAUCGCCGAGUGCCUCGGCGACUUGUGCGCCGUUCAGGUGGCGGCGCUGAAAAAGCUCCUGGCCGAGGAAUCGCCCAACGGUCGCUCGGCCGAUCCGACCGUCUGGCUGGACAGGCUGGCCGUCAUUUUCAGACACACCAACCCCAUCGUGGAGAACGGACAGACGCACCCCUGUCAAAAGGUCAUCCAGGAGAUCUGGCCCGUGCUGUCCGAGACGCUCAACGCUCACCAGGCGGACAACCGGAUCGUGGAACGAUGCUGCCGCUGCCUCCGCUUUGCCGUGCGCUGCGUGGGAAAAGGCUCCGCCUCCUUGCUGCAGCCGCUGGUCACUCAGAUGGUGAGCGUGUACCGGGUGUAUCCGCACUCGUGCUUCUUGUACCUGGGCAGCAUCCUGGUGGACGAGUACGGGAUGGAGGAGGGCUGUCGGCAGGGUCUGCUCGACAUGUUGCAGGCUUUGUGCAUGCCGACGUUUCAGCUGUUGGAGCAAGCCAACGGGCUGCUCAACCACCCCGACACCGUCGACGACCUCUUCAGACUGGCCACCAGGUUCGUGCAGCGGAGUCCCGUCACGCUGCUGAGCAGCAGCAUCAUCGUGCACAUCAUCCAGUGCGCCAUCGCCGCCACCUCGCUGGACCACCGAGACGCCAACUGCAGCGUGAUGAAGUUCGUGCGAGACCUCAUCCACACCGGCGUGGCCAACGACCACACGGAGGACUUUGACCUGCGCAAGCGGCUGAUCGGUCAGGCCAUGGAGCAGCACGGCCAGCAGCUGGUCACGCAGCUCAUGCAUUCCUGUUGCUUCUGCCUGCCGCCCUACACCUUGCCCGACAUCGCCGAGGUCCUGUGGGAGGUGAUGGCGUUCGACCGGCCGACGUUCUGCCGCUGGUUGGAGAGCGCCCUGAAAGGCUUGCCCAAGGAGACGUCGGGAGGAGCCGUCACGGUGACGCACAAGCAGCUGACCGACUUCCACAAACAGGUCACCAGUGCCGAUGAAUGUAAGCAGGUGUGUUGGGCCAUCAGGGAGUUCACCAGACUAUUCCGGUGAAAUCUUUUGGGCGGCUUCCGAGGCGGCAGCCGAAGCUGCGACCGCUAGCGGGGAGGGGACGUGCGCCGCUGGGAUGCGUGCCGCCGGAAGGCGGACGGGCGCAUCUCCGGGACUUAGUGAGCAGAAAGACACAC